AUGGCGAUACAUUUGAUAUAUCAAUCUACCAUUGACAAGAGUCCUACUUUUGUAGAAGUACUGAAUGAAUUUCAAAAAUUUCUUGCAAAAUAUGAUUUAUUUCAGACAGCUUCAGCUACAUUUGUUACAGAUGGUCCUUUUGAUAUACGUGAUUUUAUCACAAAACAAUGCAAACAUAGUAAAAUCAAGACUCGACCUGAUUAUUUCAAUAUUCCAUGGGUCAAUAUUCGAAGAACAUUUCGAGAUUUUUAUAACCAAAAAGAAAACAAGAACAUUAGUGCCAUGUUGGCUCAUUUAAAAAUGCAAUUUGAAGGCAGAGAACACUCAGGAUUAGAUGAUGCAAUCAAUUUAGCAGCCAUUGGUAAGCGAAUGCAUCAAGAAGGCUGUGUGUUCAAGACAAACUGUCGUUUUGAUAUAAAUCAUCCACAACGAUAUGGAAGAAGGAGACGAUAA